AUGCAUGAGAUACCGCGGUUCGAGCAGCGGAGACACGUGGGGACUGCAAAAUCACACCGCCGCUUCGCCUUUGCGCAGGCGGAGCAAGACUUUUGGCGCGGGAUUCCACGAUUUUGCAUCGCGGCCAUGGCAGUGUGCUUUUGGUUUUACUUUGCGAACCUUUCGGGCCUCUCGGAUUGUAUCAAGUGCAGCUGUCGCGAAGCAUUGUUAGGUGGCGCUGUGGCCCGUCACCUACGCAAGGCCAAUGCAACAGUCCAUGCCCUCGUCCGCCAUGGGACUAACGCUAACGCGCUAAUCGAAAACGGCAUCCGAGUGUUUCGUGGAUCCUACGACGACGUGGAUUCGCUCAAGGCCGCCCUUAACGGCGUAACCACAGCAUUCCUCAACUUCUCCCCAUCUUUCAGUGAUUUCGAGGAGGAGCUCCGCCACGCUAAGACACUAGUAUCGGCAGCCCGGGAGGCCCGCGUCCAGCACAUCGUGUACUCAAGUUCAUUCGGCCUCGAGGAGGAUGAGCUAUCCCGACCCGGCCUCGACCCGAACGGCAUCGUCGCUAAAAUCUAUCAGAUAAAGAGGGAUGUCACCCGGGAGAUGACUACAUACCCCUCGUACACGAUUCUACGUCCAGCUAAGUUUCUUAGCGACCUCAUCGGCCCUGCGGCCAGAUGGUUCGGCGAUCUCACCACCACCGGAGUCUUUGAGACUGCUCUUCCCAAGGUGUGA